GCAUGUUUGAAUAGCCCUCGUCAACUUCGUCUUAAUAAUGCAAACAAUGUGUUAAAUACAAUGGGAUGAUUAUAUUUGUUUGUCCAUCCAUAGUCUAUAGAAAUGCACAAAUGUAUAACAUAUUUUCACUUCUUGCAUUUCAGCCAUAGACGAUUGACAAGAUUCUAGUACCAGAAUUCCAUCUGCAACAGUUCGAUGGAUCUGUGACUUUGGACGUGUUGUAAACUGUCUCAAUGUUCUAUUGGCUUGGUCGUGUUCAGUAGUGCACUUAUUAUUAAUGUUUUAUCCAAUUACUGGAUUUGAUAGGAAACAUGCUAUUGAGCAGCCAUCUUUGACUCCCACCUAGUGGAGGCCAUAUCCUAUAUUAUGACAAAUCAAUGAAGCCUGAGAAUGAAGGCUUAGAAAUAAUUUAGUAAGGACUGCUUUUUUAUCAAAUAUUUUAAUGUGUUUAACUUACCUUUAUUGGUCUCCCUUUUUAAGCUAUUUGGUGUGCACAUUUAUACUAGUGCAAUGUGUUCUUCAUUUUAUAUUGCUUUGAUUGUAUGUGCGCUCUCACACUCAUCUCUCCCCUCACACAAGUGCUGCUGCUGGCUUUGAGGAUCUGCGCAGUUAAAAUUAUUCUAAUUGGUUUUGGUGACAGGUUUAUGCACUGACCAAGUACUCAAGAAAAGGUGGGUGAGGACACAGUCAUGUACUAUGUCCAUGAUGUCAGAGAAGACAAGGCUCAAUUAGGCAUGCAGAACAAUCUUAUUGUAUCUGUUAUUGCCUGUUGUUGGGGGCAGUCUGCAGCCAGUCAAACUCAGUGUUGAACUAAAUGUCCUGGCAAAGCUCCUAGAAACAGAAAGUAGAUGAAGUCCCUUGUGACCAGAAAAGGAAAACAGCAUAUACUGCCUCAUUUUCAAGAGUUUCACAUGGACUUAUUCAAAGAGUGUGACUGAUGGCUAUGGCAGUAAAUGUGUCAUUUCAGUCUCCUAUGACAAUAAAUGUUUCUCAACAAACAGAUGAGAAAAUCAAAGGCUCGUGAGUCUUUCUCACCUAAACAAACUCUUAAGAGGUUUGUAGAAUCGUUUUCCAGUAUAAUGCGCAUUGCGCAAUAUUCCAUUUCAUUUGUUCAUAUGCAUAGAUGCAAGAAAUUAAUUGAACAACAAAACACGGUUAUGGACAUUAUUAGAACAGACUUACAGUAUAAUGAUGAUGACACACUUUUGUGAAAUUGGUAAUACUUUUGCAGCAAUUCAUUUAAUUAUUCCAAAGAAAGUACUCAAUGUCCUACAUUAGUACUUACUGGAACGCCAAGAAAUCACGAGAUAGUCAGAGGAGCAAAUGGCCUAUCCGUAGACACUAAGAAAGAGCAAUCAAACCCAGAGCAGCUGAUGGCUUCCUAUAUCUGUCACCAAGUAAAAUACAUCCUCAAUCACGAUGAAAAAUAUUGUCUUAGAACAUGCAACCGCCCUCAUCAUUCCCGACGACCCAGAUGUCUUACCCUUGCCCCUGUCUUCUCUAAUGACCCUCGGUCUGUGCUAUUCCUGACCAUUCCCUCCCUACCCCCUCCAGUUCCACCACCAUUUCUGACUCUGGGCGCCGGACAGUAGACAAUGGACCUGAUCGGACAGCUCAGAGCUUCUGCUCUUUUCUGUCCAUAAGAAACAUGGAUUGGUGGAAGAGGCAGAGCAGGCCAGGAGCAAGGAAGGAGGGUGUGGUCAAGCAAGGCAUCCCCCGAGGCUAGAUGCCCUAAUGUUUUUAUCAGAACGGGCGUAGAUUAGUUUCGCCUUUUUUUUCUUCCCCGAGAUGAGUUUGUGUUGUUUACUUUAAAAAUAAAAUAGAAAUAAAAAAUAAGAUAUAAAAAAAAUCAUUAAAAUUAUAGCUCACAACUGUGAAGGGGGAGAGGGGUUGGGGCGCGAAGGAGUGCAUUCACAUAUAUCUACACAUUUAACCGAAUGCCAUCUGUCUCUCCAUUGGCUUGGCCUGUUCCCCCUGACCUUCCCAACGCAUAUGCAUGAGGCUUCCUGCCGCCUUGUGUGUGCCUAUGCAGCUGCCUGUUCCUGUGUGUGAAGAGAGGGAGAGGGGGGCGACUGAGAGAGAGAGAGAGCGGUGAAUAGAGAACAGAACAGCAGCCGGGCUGGAAGCUUCAGCCAUGUCAGUUUUCUCUAAAACGCUGGACAGACGAUGAGAAGAGAGGAACUAUGGCCUUGUCACUGAGUGCAGAUGAAGAGGAUUAUGAAUCAGAAUCUGAACAGCAGCAUGCAGCCAACCGGCCAAAGCCCAAGAUGGGGACGUCAGCAGCGGUCAAGCUGCCGUCGAAUCGCAGUGCGUCUGGCGCCAGACGCAGGAGAACACGCUGCCGAAAGUGUGAGGCGUGCCUCCGAACCGAGUGUGGAGACUGUCACUUCUGUAAAGACAUGAAGAAGUUUGGAGGACCUGGGCGCAUGAAGCAGUCCUGUAUCAUGAGGCAGUGCAUUGCACCUGUCCUGCCCCACACGGCUGUGUGUGUCGUGUGUGGAGAAGCAGGUAAGGAGGACUCCCUGGAGGAAGAGGAGGACAAGUUCAACAUCAUGCUCAUGGAGUGCUCCAUCUGCAGUGAGAUUGUUCACCCCAACUGCUUAAAGGUUAAAGAUGCCUCUGGCGUGGUGAAUGAUGAACUUCCCAACUGUUGGGAAUGUCCCAAAUGCAACUACGCUGGGAAAACAGGAAAAGUCUGCAAGCAAAAAAGGGGACCAGGGUUCAAGUACGCGUCCAACCUCCCUGGCUCUCUGCUGAGGGAGCAGAAGGUGGUCAAGGAGGAGGGCGAGUCCACCUCUACGUCUACAGUCAAGAGGAAGCCUGAGAGGGAUGAGACUCCCAGACACAGACCUGAGCAAUGGGAGCCCCUUCACAGACAACCCCCUGUCCUGUCCCCUAGCACCCUGCCUCGUCCCAGACCUGAGGACAAACUGAGGAAGAAGAGGAAGCUCUUCGACGAUGACUAUGAAGAGGACUUUGAUGGAAAGUCAGAUGGACAUCUGUUCCUUAAUCAGAUCAAGACUGAAGAGGAGGAGGUGGAUGAAGAGGAGAAGGCCUCUCUGUACCGGCAAGGCCUGGAGAGGAGAGGGCGUUUAGGCGAUACCGAGGAGGAGGCAGAGUACGAGGAUGACGAGGACACAAAGACAAGCCUGCCCAGGCCUCCUCUCAAAACUCCUGUUUUAGACAGUGACCAGUCUCACUGCAGCUCUCCAUGGGCUGGCCCCAGUAGUGAGGGGGGCAGUGAACCCCAGGAGAAGGGCCCACGUCCCAAAGCGUGCCGCAAACGCCGAUUACCAAACAAAGAGCUGAGUAAAGAGCUGAGCAAAGCACUGAACCAGGAGAUCCAGAAGACCGAGGACUGCCUUGCCAAUGAGAACCGCCAGCCCUUGAAGGUGGAGCCAGAGAGUGAGAAUGAAGAGCCAAAGAGGAGCUUCCGCAAUGGCAGUGACCUAGGAGGGGAGCGGCCACACCUCUGGACCAAGGAAAUUAACUGCACUCCCUGGGAGCUGCGCCACUUCUACCCCGGUCAACUCACCCCUCUGGGCUUCAACAGGAGCUCCCCUGGCACCCGGCCGCUGCCCCCACGCUCCCCACCCAAGUGUGUCCAAAUGGAGCGCCACGUCAUCCGGCCGCCCCCCAUCAGCCCCCCGCCGGAUAGAUUGCCCCUGGUGGACGGGAAAACCCACGCGGUGCAGCGAGAGGUCUGGGUGAAGAUCUUCGGAUACAUCACACACAAGGAGCUGUGUGUCUGCAUGCGUGUCUGCAAGACAUGGAACCGAUGGUGUUGUGAUAAAAGACUGUGGACCAUAAUCGAUCUGAACCGCUGUAAAUCUAUCACUCCCCUUAUGCUGAGUGGCAUCAUCCGCAGACAGCCCCUCUCACUGGACCUCAGCUGGACCAACAUCUCCAAGAAGCAACUAAGCUGGCUUAUAAACCGCUUACCAGGUCUGCGGGUGUUGCUGCUCUCCGGGUGCUCGUGGGUGGCUGUGUCUGCCCUCUGCACCUCUAGCUGCCCUCUGCUGCGCACCCUGGAUGUGCAGUGGGUGGAGGGGCUCAAAGAUGCCCAGAUGAGGGACCUGCUCUCGCCUCCGACCGACAACAGACCAGGCCAGUUGGACAACCGUUGUAAGCUGAGGAACGUUAUGGACUUGCGUCUGGCCGGACUGGACAUCACAGACGCCUCUCUGCGUCUGAUUAUCAGACAUAUGCCGGUACUUUCACAACUGGACCUGAGCUACUGCAACCACGUCAACGACCAAUCGGUCAACCUGCUGACGGCCGCAGGGACCACAACCAGGGACUCCCUCACAGAGAUCAACCUGUCAGUUUGUAAUAGGGUGACAGAUCAUUCCCUUACCUUCUUCAAGCGCUGUGGAAGCAUCUGUCACAUUGACCUACGCUACUGCAAACAGGUGACCAAGACGGCCUGUGAACAGUUCAUAGCUGAGAUGUCUGUAAGUGUUCAGUUUGGCCUCAAAGAGGACAAAUUACUGCAGAAACUCGGCUAGUUCAUUGAGGCACACUGACACAGGCCAAAAUGUACACAACAUAAGAACUACCUUUUGCACUAAAUGGAGCAAGACAAGGUUUCCCCCAUCAAGCCUGGACUGGUUGGUUUUGUAUGUUUAUUUCCUCUUCAGUGGAGAAUAUACCGUGUUAGAUUUCUGAACGAACAAUGUCACAUGAGUUGAGGAGAGAAGCAGAGGUGUGUAAAUGGACUGGGCAGAUUUUUUUUGCAUCGAUCUUUCUGGAUGUUGUAGAAUCCUUGUGCUGAAAGGGGAAGAUGUAAAGCUACUGGACAGAAUGAGAUGGUGAAGGAAAACAGCCUGCAUGAGUGUUUCUUUUUGUGUUUGUACAUUUUUUUUUUAAGGUUUGUUAUAUUGAAUUUGUUGGGGAUUUUUUCUACUCUUUAGGUUUGUUUUAUACAACAAUUCAUGCAUUGGGCAAAACAUUUUUAAGUUUCAGUGAAAGUUUAUGUAUGCAGUACCAGAUACACUCCAGAUUUCAACCUAUGAACAGACCCCAGAUGACAUGUCAUAGAACUGAAUAUUGACCUACAGAUCCUUUAUAUCAGUUUGCCUUGACACCGAUGGUAAUAUAUAUUUUUGGAUGCUGUGUUUUACCUGAUAUCAUGUGCCAAUUUCUGAAGUUGACAUUACAGUUUAACGGUAGUUACUGACUUGGACUGGAUUUACUUUACAUAAAACAUGAAAAUAAAACCAUGAUAAAAUACACGUUAUAAAAGUCUAAAGCUGCAAUAUGUAAGUUUUGGGGUGACCUGACCAAUUUCACAUAGAAAUGUGCGUUAUAGACCUGUCAUUGAAAGCAAGUCUAAGAAGCGGUAGAGUUCAGCUCUUUCUAUGCUUCCCGUUCUUAAGUUUUGUUUUUGUCUUUUGCUUUUGUGCACCAGCCUUAAACAGCUGAAAAUACAAUAUUUUUGGUUAUGGAAAAUAUAUUUCACAGUGGUUUAGAUGGUAUUCUACACUAUACUUGCUUAUUUUUGCCACAAACUAAAAUUUGGGUGUACUAUUAAAAUUUUUGCAACCAGGAAAUGCCGGGCGAUUUCUGCAUCUUUAAAUAAAUGUUGCUCAAGUACUUACAUUUAAUACAGCUUGAAAUGAAUCAGUCAACCAAUAUGAAGAGUUAGUCAAAUGUAUUUUUAAAUCUCUGUGACACCUUUUGAAAUUUGUACGAAACAGGAAAAUGCAAUCUCGUGUUUCACAUGUUUUAGCAAGAGCACAUUAUUUUUUAUUUUUCCUUUAGGCAAGUCAGUUAAGAACAAAUUCUUAUUUUCAAUGAUGGCCUGGGUUGCCAUGUACUGUUCACCAAAGCCCCAUAGGGCAUGGGGUGCCUGUUCAGGGGCAGAACGACAGAUUUGUACCUUGUCAGCACGGGGGUUUGAACUUCCGGUUACUAGUCCAACACUCUAAAGACUAGGCUACCCUGCCGCCACGUAAUGUGAGUGUGUAAAGUAAUUGAAUCAUUUUUCACCCAUACAUACAAUAAGUGGCCUCCAGACUUGGUGUGCAGUAAGUUUCUUUGAAAGAGCAUUUGCUCAUCCAAUCAUUAAUUCCAAGAUUGACAGAUCUAGUCAUUAUUUUAAAUGUUCUUUAUUUAUAUUUGAGUAAUCAUCCAUAAUCAUAUCUGUGGUUUUGUGCAAAUAAUAUAAUUGUCAUUAUUUAUGUGUUGUGAUUGUGGCGUACAAUGUCAAGUGAAUGCUGUUGGCCACACAGAUGCACAUGAUGUAGUUUUAUAUUUGUAAAUCUAAAACCAAGUGCUAUGAUUGUCAUUAAAAGUAUAUUUCUCUGUAUAAAA